AUGGCGCCGAUGAGUUUGCCUCCAGGUUUCAGGUUUCAUCCAACAGACGAAGAGCUAGUGGCAUACUAUCUGGACAGGAAGGUCAACGGCCGAACCAUUGAGCUUGAGAUCAUCCCCGAAGUUGAUCUCUAUAAAUGCGAGCCAUGGGAUUUGCCUGAGAAGUCAUUUUUGCCGGGGAACGACAUGGAAUGGUACUUUUACAGCACAAGGGAUAAAAAGUAUCCAAAUGGGUCUAGGACAAACCGUGCGACCCGAGCGGGUUACUGGAAAGCAACAGGGAAAGACCGUGUAGUAGAAUCAAAGAAGAUGAAGAUGGGGAUGAAGAAGACGCUCGUUUAUUACCGAGGAAGGGCUCCUCAUGGCCUUCGUACUAAUUGGGUGAUGCAUGAAUAUCGUCUCACUUACCCUACUUCCUCCCCUUCCAUCCAGGAAUCGUAUGCAUUGUGCCGUGUGUUUAAGAAGAAUAUACAAAUUCCAAAGAGGAAAGGAGAAGAGAUGAGUACUAGUGUUGGGAAAGAGGAGGAAGAAGAGAAGAAGAAGUGGAAAAAGUAUGAUGGGGAGAGGAUGGAAAGAGAAAGCGAGGAAGUGGAAAGCUUAAAAAUAGCAUCAGCGGAGACAUCCUCAUCAGAGCUCACUCAAGGGAUCCUUUUAGAUGAAGCUAACAGCUCAUCCAUUUUUGCCCUUCAUUUCUCGUCUUCUUUUCUCGACGAUCAUGAUACAUUUUGUGAAAACUACCCUCAGCUUCCCAGCCAUCCUCCUCUACAGCUCCAAGAUUUCCCUCAGCUCUCUAUGAACGAAGCAGAGAUCAUAUCUAUGGACAACUCCAAGCAACAAGACUUUCACUACAGAGACUCGGUAAAGGGGACACUUGACGAGAUCUUCUCUUUUGCUUCCUCCUCCGCCACCUUGCCCCCAUCACUUUAAUAUAUAAUCCUUAUUUUCAUAUUCACACUUCUUUUCUUAACCUACCGAAUUAUAUAUUGAUAAUUCAGAUACAUCGUUUUUCCUUUCUUUUUGUCUUCUGAAUUGGUGUUAAGUGUAACC